UUGGAACUGAUCACGUGACUGAACUUGACAUCUCUGCACACUUCUGCACUCCUGACCAACUCAAAGACGUCUCUCUGAUUAAAGAGGAACAUUUCUCCUGUCGCAGUAGAGUCGGCAGACAACAUGAGGAUGUGGAGGGAAACUCUGGGUGUCCUGUUACUGUGGGCCUGUCUGCACUCGGCUCACUCACGGGGCUGCUCGUCCUUGUUCUGCCGAAAGUCUCACCGUGUCAGCGGCUUGAAUGGAGUCGACCCCGGGUCUCCUCUCUUCCUCACUCCUUAUCUGGAGAAGGGAGCCAUAGCUGAAGCCAGAAAACUGAGCCUGGUCGGAGAUCUGCCAGGUGCCAACGUCAAGAGUUAUGCAGGGUACCUCACUGUCAACAAGAAAUACAACAGCAACCUCUUCUUCUGGUUCUUCCCUGCACUCAUGGCGACCCGAGAUAAAGCUCCGGUGCUGCUCUGGCUGCAGGGCGGCCCGGGUGGUACCUCCAUGUUCGGGCUCUUUGUGGAACAUGGACCAUAUGUGGUGUUUAAGAACCUGACCGUUGGUAUGAGAGAUUACGCUUGGACAUCCAGGUAUUCAGUUUUGUACAUUGACAAUCCGGUUGGAACAGGUUUCAGCUUCACUAAUGAUGACCAAGGUUUUGCUCAGAACCAGGAUGAUGUUGGCAGAGAUUUGUACAGUGCUUUAACACAGUUCUUCCAGUUAUUCCCCGAGUACCAGUCUAAUGAGUUCUAUGCAACUGGAGAGUCUUAUGCAGGGAAGUAUGUUCCAGCCAUUUCAUAUUACAUCCAUAAAAACAACCCCACUGCCAAAGUGAAAAUUAACUUAAUGGGGAUGGCUAUUGGUGACGGGCUCUGUGAUCCAGAACUGAUGCUGGGUGGUUACGCUGACUUCAUGUACCAAACAGGCAUGAUAGAUGAACUCCAACGACAGUAUGUCAUCCAGCAGACAGACUUUGGGGUUAAACUCAUCCAGCAGGAGAAGUGGGUGGAGGCUUUUCAGGUUUUUGACAGCUUGCUGAACGGUGACGUGGCACCAUAUCCUUCCUUCUUCCAAAAUGCUACCGGCUGCACUAACUACUACAACUACAUGCAGUGUCGAGAGCCUGAAGACCAGGAGUACUUCUCCCAGUUUGUGACUCUGCCGGCUGUGCGACGCUCCAUCCAUGUGGGGAACCUGACGUUCCACGAUGGGUCCGAGGUGGAGAAGCACCUUCUGCAGGACGUCAUGAAGAGCAUCAAACCCUGGCUUGGAGUGUUGAUGGACAACUAUAGGGUCUUAAUCUACAGUGGUCAGCUGGAUGUGAUCGUAGCAGCGCCUCUGACUGAGAGGUUCCUGCCAACCGUCAACUGGACGGGGGCGACUGACUUCAAAACGACUCCUCGCUUCCACUGGAAGGUCCAGCCCAGCGACACAGAGGUGGCCGGUUAUGUGAGACAAGUGGGAGAGUUUUACCAGGUCAUCAUAAGAGGAGGAGGACACAUUCUGCCCUACGACCAACCGGCGAGGUCGUUUGACAUGAUUGACAGGUUCCUGUCGACGCGGGGCUGGAUAUGAGUUUAAGUGUUUUGGUGCUGAAACGCAGCUGAUGAAAGCACAUCCACUUUUUAAAGAGCCUAUUUUUAAUUAUUGACUGUUGAUUUUAAUCACUGAUGACUGUCUCAGGCAAUGUAAAUCAGCACGUGGUUGGAUUUAUACACAUGCAGCUGAUCUUUUAUUUUUUUUAGCAGAGGUGACAUUUGGUGUGUGCUGCUCUUUUAUGCACUGCAAUAAAAUAAGAUUACUCUGCCUGGAUGCAGAUGUCUGAAUUCCUCCAAUAUCAGCAAAUCAUGAUAAAAAAAUUGCCAGACUUACUAUCAGGCCUGAGUUCAACAGAAAUAAUGUGUGAGGAAAAUACUCCUUAUGAUGCAUUAAAUCUGUCCAUGCUUGUUGAUGAACUAUAAAGAAAAACCCCUGAAACCA